AGUUUCAGUAGUUUGACCACCAUUUGCAUUUUAAGACUGAUUUAAUUCAUUGAUACUGUCUGCAUACCUCCAGCUUAAUAAUCUCGACACAAAUUUGAAUAAAGCAUCUUCGAUAUUUUUCUUUAAUUCAUUCAAACAUGGGGUAUUCUUCCAUCCCAAAUGAAAUCCUGUCAAGGCUCCCACGACGAAACAUGCCAACGGGAAGAGAAGAUCUGAAAGAAUUGUUGGAGGAGUUGAAGGCUCAGAUGGAACUUGAAAAAUCCAAGUUGGAAAAGCGUGGUCCCCGCAUCCAAUCGAAGAUUGAACAGGAUAAGUCGACAUUCUUUGGACAACUAAGUGCAAAUGUUAAGAAAACUCAGUUGGAUCAAGAGAUGCAACCGCUGACGGAUAUGGUGGACGAAAUUGCGAAACUAAUUGGAAAACUUGACACUCAAAUAGGAAAAAUUAUUACACCAUAGAAUAAAGCCAAGCAGAGCACACCCUUCUCUAAAAAAACAUCGGACUACCACAUCAAUAAAAAUUUCAUCAUAUUCUAUAAAAAUAAUGAAGAUUUGCAAAAGUAGUUUGCCAAAUUUAUAAAAAUAUAUCAGAUUCUAGCAGCUUUUCACUGCAAAUCCAAUAAAGUUAAUUCUACUUAUAUAA